GCUCGGUCCACCAAUACCUUCGCAACUGAAGCCUACGGAUUUGCUCGACCCUAUUUUGCAGCACAAUCUAUCCCUCGAUACAAAAGAGGUCUCCAGUGCAACAAUGGAUUCGCAGCCUCGUGAAGAGUCAGCUGGGACGUCUAAGUGGUAGACUGGCGAUAAUCUUGGAUGUUCUCCUCUGCCUUCUCAGCAUCCUUGUCACAGCCUUGGGCACGACAUCCAUUGUCAAAUUCAGGCGGGCACGUGCUCAGCGUACUACACCGUGACCUCUCCUUCCUGUCUAUGCCCAAGACGGGCACUCCGCACCCAAGGCGUCUAUUGUAUCCACCAGCUGCCCUGCUCGUUCUCAUCAUUCUGUCCACAGCCGCUAAUCUUGAGACUGCACAGUCAUUUGCUACUGGCAUGUCGGACCUCGUCUUGGAUCCACUUGGCUGUCGCCGUUAGGGUUGUGGACCUGGGAAAAUAUUGAUUUGAUUGGCUAGGAUAUACCCAAACAUACGUCCUCACGACGUUA